UAAAGUAAAACAAUAAAAACUUAGUAAAGUAACAGUAAAGAAAAAAACAGUAAAGUCAAAAAUGAUUGUUUUGGCAUUGAUUAUUCAACAUUUCUAAUCUGAUCUAUACUUUUGACUGACAAGCUUGUCAACAGUUUUCGUCUAGAAUUCAUAGUGAUGCGUAGAGUUAAUAUUGACAAAUAAAAAUGGCCUUUUGCCUGCUGUCUCUUCCUCCCCACCUGUGAGGACACAUGCGACUUUGGUAAUAUAGAACAGCAACAACAGCAGCAUAAUAAUCAUCAUAAUCAUAAUAAUAUUGCAUUUUCAACUGGUUUUACAUAUAUGUGAUUUACAUAUAUGUAACCUGUUUGAUAAUUAUUUGAUAAACCAAUAAAUUAAAACUGUUUUUCUUCAGUUAUUAAUGCUGAAAUAUACUGACAUAUGCAGUUAGCAUUGGGCUAUUUAUACAGUAAGCAUCUAAGUGUAAAGAUAUAUUUGUAUGUGUUAAACUAAGUGUACAGAUAAGCACUCUCUCUGUCUCUUUCUUGUAUAUGUGCAUAUGUGCAAACCACAGUGCAUAUGGCAGGUUUAAUCAAACUUGUCACGCACGCUACUUUGGCAGUUGGCAGUGUUUCCUUUUUUUAAAGAAUGCUGACUGUGUGUUGGGGGCACAUUCUCUCUCUAGUGCUAGCUUUCCCUUUGCAUGGUAAUGGCCUCACCGAGUGUUCUAGAUCCUGAUGCACUGCCCCCCGCCCUCGACAGGGAAGGUCAGGCAGGAAAGGUGAGACAGCAUUUUGUGGGCCCACAUCCCACAUCGAGUAUCCAGUGUAGGAAGCAGGGGGUCCGUAUUUAUUUUGCACAUGUCAGCUGGUCUCUGCAAUAUUUGGCACUGUUUUAGUCGCUUUUUCCCAGAAGCCCUUUGCUUGACCAUGGAAUCGUGGCCGCGUUUACCCGCCCGCACCGUGCUCUUCCAGAAGGAGGCGAGCGGAGUGACAUAUCGCAUUCCUGCUCUGGUCUUCCUGCCAUGGUCGUCCUGCUUCCUGGCCUUCUGUGAGGAGAGGCUGAGUCCUGCAGACUCCCAUGCACACCUGCUCGUCCUGCGCAAGGGCACCUUCUACAAGAACUAUGUAGAGUGGGAGGACAUGCGGGUGCUAAGCACGGCCAGUCUGCCAGGCUACCGCUCCAUGAACCCCUGCCCUGUCUAUGACGCCUUCACGGGGACGCUCUUCCUCUUCUUCAUCGCCGUCCUCGGUCACACCUCCGAAGCCCACCAGUUGGCGACUGGUAAUAACGUCACAAAGCUCUGCUGUGUUUCCAGCAAUGACCACGGAGAAACAUGGAGUCCUGUCACUGAUCUCACGCACAAGGCCAUCGGUGACACCAUCAAAGAGUGGGCUACUUUUGCUCUCGGUCCAGGCCACGGGAUCCAGCUAAAGUCUGGGCGUCUGCUAGUCCCCGCCUACGCCUAUCACAUCGACUGCAGAAACUGCUUCGGCAAGCUGUGCAAAACCACGGCCCACUCCUUUUGUUUCCGCAGCGACACGCACGGGCGGGACUGGCACCUUGGCCGGGCCGUGCCAAGCCCUGAGUGUGUGGAGUGUCAGCUGGUGUCGGUGGACGAGGAAGAGAGGGCCAGUGUGCUAUACUGCAAUGCCCGCAGUGCCCUGGGCUACCGCGUGCAGGCGCUCAGCUUUGACGGCGGAGCCACCUUCGAGGCAGGCCAACUGGUGCCGAAGCUCGCUGAGACCAGGUAUGGUUGCCAUGGCAGCAUGGUCAGUUUCCCAGCCCCCUUGCCCCUCCCCCGGAGUGCCCCUCCCCACCCCAGGUGGGAGACAGCUACUGUCCAUACUCCACCAGCUGCUUCCGCUGCUUCCAAAACGGACUUGCCAACACCGACCUGGGUGGUGUACGGACACCCAACCUGGCAGGAUGCUCGCCGUGAUCUGGGCCUGCACCUCUCUGUCCGGCCCCGGGACCCCGACAGCUGGACCAAGCCAUGGGUCAUUUACGAGGGCCCCAGCGCCUACUCAGAUCUGGCGUGUGUGGAGGUCCAGACUGCUGGGGCCCCGCCGAUCACUGCCUUUGCCUGCCUGUUUGAGAAUGGCAGGAAGACAGCAUACGAGGAGAUUUCCUUCUGCAUGUUCACGCUAUACGAUGUCAUGAACAACGUCCGCCACAGCAAAGGUCAGAGUGAGGGAUCACUGGGGGCUGAAAAACAGAAGCAGAGGAAGAAGAGGAGGAGGUUUGAGUUCUGUAGAGUGUGCUAGUUCUCAUCAGAAUAAAUAUGAAAGCUGAUUAGAUAUGAUGCCUUAAUCUCAGCACGAACUGAUACAGCUGUGUAUGGUGCGUGUGUAUGUGUGUGUGUGUGUCUGCAGAGAUAAACAAAAAAACGGAACUGCAAUUUAUACUGGUACAAUAUACAAAUGUUAAAAUUACCAAAACAAAUGGCCACAUGCUAA